UCAAGAUGACUGGUUACGUGCAGUCUUUGGAUAGGCUGGGUUUUCCCAUAAGCGAUGAGUUCGCUACAGAUAUAGUUCUGAACUCUCUUCCUAGUGCAUAUGCUCCGUUCAUCUCGAACUAUCACAUGCAUGGUAUGGAUAAGAAGCUCACUGAACUACAUGGGAUGCUCAAGACAGCAGAGGCUGACCUCAAGAAAGGCACCAGUCAAGUGUUGAUGGUGCAGAAUAAGGCUAAGUUCAAGAAGGGUUCUUGGACUAAGAAGAAGAAGGCUAAGUCAGGAGGCAAAACUCAGGACUCUGUCCCGAGCGCUGCCUCAGGGACUAAGCCGUCUCCUGCAGCUGGAUCCACUUGCUUCUAUUGCAAGACGGAUGGGCACUGGAAGAGGAACUGCAGCAAGUUUUUGGCUGACAAAGCCAAGAGUGGAAGUGGGACUUCUAACUCAGGGGCUGGUAAGAACUAGGAGCGUGGCAAGAG